GGAGUACCCUCCAACUGUCUACACGCCUGUCUCUCACACGAGGACGACGGCCGCAUAGCCGCGCCAUUGCUUCACUUGGGCCGCUGGUGGGCAUUGCUGAUGGUGGGUGGCUCGUCUGAUUCCCUCGCUGUCGCAUUGACUGACACUGAUGGAUCAUGUGUACAGCGGCCGUACUGCUGUGUGGGUGCCUGCAGAGUCAAUCAUCGCGCAUCCGUCACAUAUGGUGUUGGGCUGCUUGUGUGUCCGGCUCUUGAUGCAAAGUCCAUCCGGACACCCAUCUGUGUUUGAACACCGUAGUGUUUGAAGGUAAGCACACAGACCCACACUCAUCUCGGAAGCACUGUCACUUGUGUGCCCUUGAUUCAGAUCAGUUGCCUGAUGGCGUCCGCUGCCCAGCCUCCCCCUCCCAAUCGCCCCACCGCCCCUUCGACAGUCCCGCCCCUGCGCAGCAUCGCCAUCAGCAAGAUGGCCGCCAUGGCCAUGUCCGCUGACCCCAACAGACGGGCCGCUCUUCGCUCACAGAUCAGCAACAGCCAUCCCGAUGAUGCGGACACGAUGCUCUAUGAGGUGAGGCGCCGCGUGGAUGAGCACAUCAGUCGUCUCGGGCUGGCGGACGUGUUGGACUUCGACAUUGGCGAUGAGCUGGAGGCCGGCUUGAAGGUGGUCUAUCUGCUGGAGCGGGGCAGUGGCGGGCGAUGGGGCGGUUCCUUCGGCUGGCCUUUAUGAAACGGCUCACCCCUGCUGAUGCGGCGCGGCCCCUCCGUCUGCCGGCCGAGUCGCUGCCCACAGCAACGGCCUUCCACCAGCUGCCACUUGCCUUGGCCAUCUACAAAAUUAUCAGCCGUCAGCUCACUUACAGAGGGACCAGCCUGGAGCUGUCGCAAGCCGAUGACCGCGGACACUAUAAGAUCGGCAAUGGUUGGGCGUUUCGUGUGGUGGGAUUGGGUGAGCUGCCGGGCGGCCAUCGCUAUGCUGACAGCUACAAGCGGAGCGAUCCCGUCGUCCGCGGGAGCAGCCAUCUCUACCCUUCAUUCUCGGAAUUCCUGCUGGACAGGCUGCUCCUCUGCGAGUGGCCGGAUGAAGAGGGAGUGAGCCACAGGGUGCUGAUCGAUGCACACAUCGGCCGUGGUGACCAUCGCUAUGGCCAUCUGCUGACCGACAAGAUCACAGAGGAUCAGCGCAUCACUGUCGACGGGCGCCGCAACUGGGGCGAUCUGAAUGAUGCGGAUGCGGAAGACCGUCGUUAUGUGAUUGUGAGCGGCCACAGACCGGGAGAGACCAUCGCUGCCCACCUGAAGGUGUGGUACGGCUACAUCGAGCUGCGGACGACCGAGGCACCUGCUGCCGAUCGGCCUCAUCCGCUCGCCGACCGCUUCCCCGGGUCGGCGCCCCUAUGGUGUGCUGUGCUGCGGCGAUUCGAUCUCGAAAGUGCCGUCAUCGAGGGGGGGAGGGUGGUGGGGUGAGGGGUAGGGGCUGGCGGUUGGGUGUUGGUGGUACAUUUGAUGGCGACUGACGAGCAGUGCGGCUGAGUGUUUUGAAUUGGGUGGUGGCUUGACUGAUUGCAUUGUGUGCCGUCAAAGGAUGGGCGGAUGGAUGUCCUACUGGUUGGUGUCAGACUCACUCAAAUGACUGAAGGGCUGAAAGAACCACACAGUUAUAGCUGUGCACUAUCUGCUGGAUGGAGAGGCACCGAGGCCUCAUGCAUCGUUUCAGGGCGGCUCUGAUGGGAUGGAG